GGCUGAGGAGAGGCUGAGGAGAGGCUGAGGGACGGCCGGACCGCCAGACCGCCAUGUGCUCCGGCGGGACGCUGAGCAUUCUCCGCAGCGACUCCUACGCUGAUCUCAGCCAGUACCGGGACCAGCACUUCCGGGGGACACGGUACGACCAAGAGCGGCUGCUGAGGAAGAGCUGUACGCUGUAUGUGGGGAACCUCUCCUUCUACACCACGGAGGAGCAGAUUCACGAACUCUUUGGCAAGAGUGGCGACAUCAAGAAGGUCAUCAUGGGGCUGGACAAAGUGAAGAAAACCGCCUGCGGCUUCUGCUUCGUGGAGUAUUACACCAGAGGAGAUGCUGAAAAUGCCAUGCGAUACAUCAAUGGAACCAGACUUGAUGACAGGAUCAUAAGGACAGACUGGGAUGCAGGAUUUAAGGAGGGUAGACAGUAUGGACGUGGGCGAUCAGGGGGACAGGUCCGAGAUGAGUAUCGGCAAGACUAUGAUGCUGGAAGAGGUGGCUAUGGCAAAACUGUUCAGUGCCAAUGAAUAGUGAAUAACUCAUCUGCCUCACAGGAGAACUAAAUCAGCAUUGUACAUGUUACCAGGCACAAAGUAGGUCUGUUGCACACCAAUUUAUGUGUCUAGAAAUUCACAGAAACUGCCAUCCAUGUUCCUGUGGUCACAUAAUGUGUUCGAUAUUUACUUCGUUCUAAUACCAGGAGCCAAAGCAUUGCAGAAUAUGUUAAUACAGAGGAUCUGGUAGCAAAGCUUUAAGCAAUAGUACAGGUGAGGCUUUGGUCUUUUAAUGCUGCUGUAACUCUGCUAUAAGGAACAAAGGUUUAACACUAUGGUGCUUUUUUUCACUGGUAAAACUUGAUUUUUCUGUCACUGGGUUUUGUUUACAUUGGUAUCACAGGGUGGAGUGUGGUAAUAAAUGAGGCUUGGUGUAUGUUUCAGUGAUGAAAGAAAAAGGCAAAGAGUAUGAAAAGGGAAGUGCAAUUUCUAGGGACAUUUUGCAGUUUCUAGGGAAGACUUAAAAUUGUGCAUUUUCUGGGGCUUCUGGAUAAGUGUCCUUUUACCUUGAUGCUGGUCCUAGCAUACCUACAUUAAAGGCCACAGUAAGAUCAAGUCAGACUGAGCCCAGGAAUUACGGGAAGCAGGCCUAGCAGAGAGCAGGAAACAGACUCUUGCAAUUUUCUACAAAGGAUAACGUGAUCCCAUGACAUUGUAUGAUUCAGGGCCAUUCUGCUUUGUGGGAUACAGAGAGCAGUAACUGCAAGAGUUACUCAGUUUAAUAACUGCUGCAGCUAUUUUCAUAUUUGGAGUAGUAGUAUUUUGCUCCUGUUUGUUAGUUCUCUACAGCCUUAACAUUUAAAGAGAGGUGUCUUGCUUGUGCCUACCAUUGUGGUAUGAAGCCAAGUUGUGCACUUAUCUCCAGAAAUGGGACUUUUGAGGAACCAUGUGUAUAAUCAGAAAUUUGUUCUCAAAAUGGAUUUACUGACUGAGAAACCUGAUUUCAGACAAAGGCUAAAGUAAAAAAUAGACAAGUUUUGGGAGGAGCCUUUCUGCUGAGAGUGUGUUAAGCAUGGGAAGAAGAAUUGCUGGAUGAUAGAUUUUUAAUUUUUUUUCCAUCUCUGGAUCUGAUUAAUACUGCUGGUUUAUAUGAUGGGAUUUUGAUGUACUUAAGAUAAGGAUUGAAAAUAAUACAUGAUCCCAAGGUCUUUGAAACUGACUUGCUGAAGUGAAAUAUCAAAAGAAACUGUUACAGAACUUUGGAUUAUUUGUUUUUUGUGAACUUUUGAGUUCUUUGGAAAUGUCAGUUCAUCAAGUUUUGUCCAAAUACCUUGUUGUACAUGGCUUCUUAAAAUAAUUUAAAAUCCCAAGUAUAUAAAGGUUGAUUUUUACUCACUGAAGAUAUUGUUUGAUGUGUUUCUUGUGUACAGUCAGUUGAGAACUGUUUCUGUAAAUUGGAAAUACAGUAAGGUAGAACAACUGCUGUGAGACUUCGAGGAAAGUUUUGGGUGAGCUUUGGGUUUUUUGACAAAGAGAGUAGGACUAGAUUUUCAGGAUCAUUUGGUGCUGAUCUGCAAACAAGACUUAGAACAAAGUUACCUUUUUUUACAUAAAAUAUUUGAUUACGAGUUUACAGCCUGUAAUCUGCUCUAGGAAAUCUCUGAACUUUCUUUUUCAUUGUAUCAGUUUUGUAUACAAAUUUAUGUUACUGAAACUCUUAGUUUACUUUCAAAUAAAGCUG